AUGGUCAGGACAAAAACAUCCAAAUUGGUAGACGUUAAGAAAGGUACUUCUGAUCAGGCCUUAAAGUCUCUGAAGAAAUCGGUCCGAUUGCAGGAAAAGAAUGUUUCAAAGGUCGUUAAAGAUGUGGCCAAAAAGCUGGAGCUUAUUUCAGAUCCAAGUAUUUUGCAUUACACUAAGUCGCUAGGCAGCUUAUCCACAGCUAGUAGUAAGGAUUCCGACGAUGUUAGUCCUUCGGCCGUUCUCAGUGGCUGGACUACCCCCGGACCUAUUGCCCCCCCACUGCGCAAAACCCGUUCCAUUCCAAGGAUAGCGAAGCCAUUUCGUUUAUAUAAAAUCAAAAGACCGGAAUCGAGCGAAACGGUUGAAGUAAUACACUUCAAUAGUAAUCUGCUAUUGAGCAGUUCCACGGAAACUGACCAUGAUGAAUAUGACCAAGCGGAAGAGGAUAUUCUUCCUCGAAUUGAAGACGAGAAGACUGACCCUUUGGCUGAUCUAACUAGCUUACGAGAAAGCCAGUUGGGCUUAUCCUCUGACUCGGACAUCAGGAUGCGCUAUGAGCUACUCCACCAGCUCAGGGACAUACCCAGUUGUGACGAACUAAGUGCCACCGCGACCCCGGAUAGUUUUUUGAAGAUUGAGAAAAAAGAGCUAAAGAAGGAAGAUGAGAACCUGGACAUCGGAAAGUUUAAGGAUCCAUUGGGUCGUCAUUCCAUGUCCACCGUCGAGGACGACGAUGUGCCAACCGAGCUCUAUAAUGAAGAUUUAUCUCAAAAUCUCGAACCUGCUGUGAGAAGUCUGCAUGACAUCUCUAGUUCAGAGUUGGAGUCGGAUGACGACAGUCUAUGGGAGUUGAAAGCAAAGCUAGACAACCCCAGUCCCAUACCAAUAUUCAUUCAGAAUCCAUCCGGUUUCCGGACUUCCGAAUCCUCUCUGCCUCGUGUCCAUGACGCUUUCUCCAUAGCGCAAGUUGUCCAGGGCUAUCUAAUUGGAAUUAUUGAUAAAGUCGUAGAUAAGCUUGAGAAAAGGGAUAUUUUGAGGGCAAAUAAACUGGACAAAAAUAAGCUUUUGGAUCGACUUAUCCAGGAAGUCGACGAUAAUAACUCGGAGAGGUACACGAAUGAAUAUCUAACAAAACGCAUAACUGACUACUACCUUCGCCGCUACAAGUAUUCCCUGGUAACGCCGAGCACCAGUUCCUCAAUCCAAGAGUCCAAUCGAAGGCGAUACUAUAGUGCCCUGAACGAGUUGGAUAACUGGCUGAAACAGGAACAGAAUGCUGAGGAACUUCUUGUGGCGGAGAAGGGACGUUUGCUUGGAGAACUGGAGCAGAUGCAAGCGAAGGACAUUGAGAAAGUCGAGGGGAUGGAGAAUCUAUUUAGGAAAACCCUUCUCGGCCGAAAUCAAAACACAGAUCGACUUAAAUUUGUAGUUGAAGCUAUCUUACGGCAAAUGAGAAGAAAGCGCGAUCUUAUGUCCGAGACACGCUUUGAUUUAAUCAUUAAACAGCACAACACAGCUUACGUUAAACAGAAACUUGAUGAAACCGAGACCAUUUCUGGGGAAGUCAAAAUGAAUACGUAUCUGUCUAUGGAAACUAUUGUUCAGCAGCUAGCCAAUACUCUAAAUAAUAGAAACGUUGACCUGCUGAGAAUGUAUUCCCUGGUCAAGAAAAAGAUCCACACCAUUUCGCAUCUGAGGUGUCGGCGAAAAUUGCUGAAUCGAAAAUUUCGGGUGGCCAAAGAGGAGCUGCUGGUGAAGCAGAAGAGACAUUCGGAGUUGCGGGAUAAAGUAUAUGCCAAUAAUCUAACACACAAUAAACUUCUGGCCAAAAUCAAGGAAGCCCGUCGAAGAGGUGGCAUCAUGUGCUAUCCCAAAUUGCUAGCCGACUACGAUCAUACAGUAAACUUCAUUCAAAUGAAGAAAAGUUGUGUACAAGAGCUGAAGGCAAGGCAUGACAAUCUACUCAGGAAAAUCGACAAAAUUGAAUACAGGAUUCAUGAUAUAAGCUAUGCAUCCUUUUCUAAAUGAAAUUUGCAUGCCUGAAAAUAAAAAUGUCGGAAA